AUGUUGCUUCUGUUCGAGACCCCGGCGGGGUUCGCGCUGUUUAAGGUUCUAGACGACAAGAAGCUCGACAAGGUCGAGGACAUCUGGACGCACUUCGAGUCGUCGGAAAGCGCCAGCAAGGUGGUGAAGCUGAAGGCGUUCGACAAGUUCGAGAACACGGCGGACGCGCUGGGCGCGGCGACGGCGCUGGUGGAGAGCAAGCUGAGCAAGGGGCUGAAGAAGUUCGUCAAGGCGCAGUGCCAGGGCGAGACGCUCGCCGUCGCCGACUCGAAGCUCGGCAACAUUAUAAAAGAGAAACUGGGAGUGACAUGCGUGCACAACGCAGCGGUAAUGGAGCUCAUGCGCGGGGUGCGGUCGCACCUCUCGGAGCUCAUCGCAGGGCUGUCAGGCACGGAUCUCGCGCCCAUGAGCCUGGGGCUCAGCCACAGCCUGUCGCGCUACAAGCUCAAGUUCUCUCCCGACAAGGUGGACACGAUGAUAGUGCAGGCGAUCGGGCUGCUGGACGAUCUGGACAAGGAGCUGAACACGUACGCCAUGCGCGUGCGCGAGUGGUACGGCUGGCACUUCCCCGAGCUCGCUAAGAUCGUCUCGGACAACCUGCAGUACGCGCGCGCCGUCAAGCUCAUGGCCCACCGCGUCAACGCCGCCGACCUUGACUUCUCCGGGAUAUUGGAGGAGGAUGUGGAGUCGGCCAUGAAGGAUGCGGCAGUGAUUUCCAUGGGGACGGAGGUCAGCGAGCACGACAUGACCAACAUCAUUGCUCUCUGCGACCAGGUGAUCGCGCUCUCAGAGUACCGCGCGCAGCUGUUCGACUACCUGCGAUCGCGCAUGCUCGCCAUAGCGCCCAACCUCACAGUGCUGGUGGGCGAGCUCGUGGGAGCACGUCUCAUCGCGCAUGCCGGUUCCCUCAUGAGCCUGGCCAAGCACCCCGCCUCCACCGUGCAGAUCCUGGGCGCAGAGAAGGCUCUGUUCCGCGCGCUGAAGACGAAGCACGACACGCCCAAGUACGGGCUCAUCUUCCACGCGUCCCUCAUCGGCCAGGCGCCCCCCAAGCUCAAGGGCAAGAUCUCCCGCGUGCUCGCCGCCAAGUGCUCGCUUGCUAUCCGCGUGGACGCCCUGGGUGAUGCCACCGAGCCCACUGUUGGCAUUGAAGGCCGCGCCAAGAUUGAGCAGCGGCUGCGGCAGCUGGAGGGGCGGGUGUUGGGCAGUGCGAGUGCAGCGAGCAAGGGCAAGGCGAAGCUGGGGGCGUACGACAAGGACCGGAAGGAGGGCACGGGAGGACUCAUCACCCCUGCCAAGGCCUACAACCCCGCAUCUGAUGCGCUCUUGACAGCCAAGUCCCCAGCAACAGACGCAACACCAGCGGCAGGGGAGGAGUCGGCUAGGAAGGCGAAGAAGGAGAAGAAAGCAAAGAAGGACAAGGAGAACGGCGAGGCCACUCCCUCCGCUUCUGCCCGUGUGGAUGCCGAUGGGGCAGAGCCUCCCUCCACCGAGAAGAAAAAGAAGAAAAAGCGUGACAGGGAGGACGAAGGCAAGGCGAAGGAGGAAGCAGCAGCGCCGGUGACCCCCGCUUCUGAGAAGAAGAAGAAAAAGAAGGAUGCGGCAGCGGAUGGGAGUGCAACACCUGGUGCAACUGAUGGUUCGGCCAAGAAGAAAAAGAAGGACGCGGUAGCGGAUGGGAGUGCAACGCCUGGCGCUACGGAUGGCUCGGCCAAGAAGAAAAAGAAGGCCAAGGAGGAGGAUGGGGCCACACCGGGGGCGAGCGGAUCGACCAAGAAGAAAAAGAAAUUGGCGGAAUUCCAAGUUGACUUCAAUGAGGAGAUGUACCUCCCCUGGUACACCCUGACGACAGAAGGCACCUGGUGGUAUGACUACACCACGCGCAGGCAGCGGAUCGACCGGCGGAACGGACUGGGGGAUCGAUACUGCGGCUCUGCGCUGCCUCUGAGGGCUACCCCAUGCACCCAACUGGUGCGGGACUCCUGGCGCUAUCUCAUCUUCCCCCAGGAAAAGUAUUGCUGCCGCUGCUGCUCUGCGGCCAAUGGGUGUGACGUGGUGCGCCCUGAUUGGCUGGCCAAUGCCACCUAUAUGGGCCGGGACUAUGUGGAUGACAUUUCCUCUACUAAAUGGAAGCGGCAGGGGCUUCAGAACAACUACUACUGGCAUUCAGAGGAUGAUGUGCCCAUGCGAAUCUACAUGGAGCCCUUGGAGCAAAUGACCUUCUCUCACGCCUCGUUCUAUAAGCCGCACUCCUUUCCCAGCACCACCUUCGAUCUACCUUCAGACAUGGAGUAA